UUUAAAUUCAAAUAUGAACGAGGAAGACGGCAUGGAGUUCUUCAAGAAGUAUAAUAAUUUCUAUAAAAAGGAAGAAUCCUCCUCUAAUAACCAAGACACUGAGCCUAUCCAGAACCUGGACAUUGGACUGGAGUUUAAAGAGUUCUUGCAACAUAAAUCUAGCAAGGCUAAGAAGAAAAUUGAGGUUAAAUGAGAGAACCAUUGUAAUUGAGCCAAUUGCAAAAAUUAUAAAAUGAUGAGAGUCAAUAAUCAGAGAAAUUGUAAAAAUGAUUUAGACUUCUAUCAUCAUAAUAAUCAUCAUGCUAUGUUCGGCAUGAACUAUGAGAAUAAUUGCUCUGCAGCACAUGAAAUGAUAGUUAAUAAUAAUCUGAGCAAGUAUAACUCUCCUACACCUCCACCAGCUUUAAGCUCUUGAAGAUGAAACCAUUGAUUGAUGAUGAUGAAAGAUUCAAAUAUGGGGUGCCAUAAUGUCUGAUGAAAUUUCUCACCUCACACUAUAAGCACUCAGUUCUCGCCAAAUGAGUCAAAUCCGAGGGGUGGAGGUUGCCAACAAUUAGCGAACCAUCCUCAUGUUGCUCAUACUAGAGGUCAUUCAGGAAUGACUUUCUCAAAGGGUUCAAUCCCUCGGUACUCAAAUAUGUCUCAGAAUACUCAAAAAUCCCAGAAAUCAAAGGACGAGAAUAUAAUAAUGAGAUUGUCACGGAUUCAAUCAUAUUUCAUGUCUUCACAGGAAUGUUGCAAAUUUUGCAACAAGAAGAACAAUUAUGGCAAUUUGAUCCAGUCAAAUCUGAACUCAAAGUACCUAACAGGGAUGGACUACUACAAUGUGAAGGUGGUUAAUGACAUAAUCUACAAUGAUACCACAAACCUUGUCUCUGUGUUCAAGGACUACUUAAUCUAUGAUGAUAUUUCUGAAUUUCUUAAGAGAAUCUACACAAAGGAUGAAUGUGAAGAGCGGCUGAUUAAAAUCUAUACUUUCUAUGACAAGUACUCCAAGGUCUUUCCCAAUUACAUCAUCCUGGAAGAGAACAGAUACAUGUUCAAGAACAUUGAGCGGAAGCAGAUCGCCAUUGAUGAGCGUCAACGCUUCUUCCAAGAGCUGGAGGAGAAGGAAAAGAAGAAGGCUACCAAGAAAGAAGAUAGCAGUAGUAUCUUGUUUAAAGAGUAUUCCGAGAUGAUGUUUGAUUCUAAGUUUAUUGAAUCUGUUAAGAAUUUGAAAACUAAUUCUCUCAUUACUGAUUCAUUCCCAUUCCAAGUAGUAUCCCGGAUGCUAGACUCACAAACCUGUAGUGGAGAGGGAAGCCGUGUUGUCAGACUUGAUGGAACUGGAGAAAUUAAUAAAUAAAGAAGUAGUCAAACGGCUUGAGGAUUAUGAUCUCGGAGAGCUUGUUGAAAAAUUUCUGGUCAAGGAUAAUAGUAUAUCUGAUAGUAGUUGACAAGAAGCUCCUAAAGAAAUGGUGAAGCCAGGGAAGGAGAAUAAGGAAACUAAGAAGAAAUUAAACGUCAAGCCUUUCUUGAAAAAUCAAGUGUUUUCAUACAAAGAAGUGCAAAAGAAAGUUAAGAAAGAUUAUUUAAACACUGAAAGAACUAACAGGGUCGAAAAACCAUUAGCUCAAAACUAUAUGGUUAUGCAUCGGAAGAAUGUGAACUCUAAUGAUGGGAGAGUCAAACAGAAGGAAAAAGGAUACAAUGAACCAAAGUUAGAUAAGAAAGCAAUUUAUAGUCAAGCGAGGAAGCAAAAUAAAAGGCCUAAAAGUAGUAGUUCUCAUGGUCCUGUGAAGAAAAUGAAUACAAAGAAACCAAUGUUGUUUUCUACUGUUGACAAACGCCCUCCUACUGCCUUCAUGACACAGAAAUUUUCUUGGAAAGACAUCAACGGUAUCCCCAUGAAAAUCAUCGCUUCUCCAACAGGCAGCCCACGUAAACUCAGCAAAAAUAAACAGACUUAUGAACACGGCACUGAGAACAACCUCAGACACAAAGUGAAGCCGUCCAAGCAGCCUGUAUCAAUGAAGCACAAGAACGAACUUCAGAGCAAAGCUCUGCGGCAACAUCCGCCUCAGAUCAAGAGCGAAGUGGCUGAGUAUCACAAGAAAGAGUCCAAGAAAGCUUACUGUAAGAGCGACAGAAACAAGUUCAAGAUUUCUCAAGACAAAGUCUCAAAGACCAAGGACAGCCAUCUAAACAUUGUAGACACCCACACACUGAACAGUGCACGAGAAGUGGCAGGGAACCUGACCGAUAGGAGUGCGAACACUUUGAAAUGGACUUUUAAGUCGAAGGAUGGAGACAAGACCACAUCCAAUAAGAAUAUUGAAGAUUUUGAAAAACUUUUCUAUCAAAGUGUUGCAACUGACAAAGGAAAAAUUAUCUCUCAAAAAGGAGUUGAUUUCAAUCAGAUCAAAAGCUUUAAAGUUCAGCAUCAUCCCUCUAGCUAUCGAAGUGUAUCUAAAAAUAGUAAAAAUACUAAGCAUAUGAAGAACAAAAAGAGCUUCAAAUUGUAUGAUUCAAAGAGCAAGAAAUCGAAAAGAGUAUCUCCGGCAGGGAGCAAGUAUAAAUAUCGGAAUUCUUCAAAGCCAGUUAAGAAUAAAUGCUCUACUGAAGAGUCUUCCAGGUACUCUGGAUAUGUCAAAAGUUUUGGCCAGAAGAAGGGAUCGAUGAAUCAGUCUCAGUCUAAAUCUAAGAUCAUUCCUCAGACUGCAAGAUAUCCUUCAAGUGGCAUGGAGAAAUAUUUUAAGUUCAAGCAAAGCCAGGUUUCUAAUGCUACCGAACAAUCAAAGCAUGUAAAGAAAGUUAAAUCUUUGAAAAACUUGAAAUCCUCUUGAAACCAUGGAGUACCUCAUUCCAAAUCAAAAUAAGGCAGCAAGGGGUCCAUCUCCUAUGGCACCCUCCAAAGCACCUAAACAAGGCAUUCCCGGUGUGAAACAGAUCCAUAUAAAGCCUAUGUCCUACAGAGAGACCACUCGGUACCCUUCCCAGACCUCCAUCAGCACCUCAACUUCUGCUAAAAACCAAAUGAUCAAGCCAAUGAUCACCACACAUGAAGUCCAAAAUCCUGAACUGCUUAAGAAGAUCUCAACUUAUUACAAGCGGCCAUAUAAGUACUAAAUUUUUUAAUUAAAAUUUCAAAUAAA